AUGCCGAGGAACCGUUAUCGUGGAUGUUCAUCUCACAAAGCUCAAGCCAAGCCAAAGUCACAGCCGGUGACAUGGAUGUCAUUACCCAGGAAAGAUCAACUCGUCAUUCUAUUCUUGUGUCGACUUGUGGAUUUCCUUCAAGUGGCGUCUUUACAGGCAUAUGUCUUUUACCAACUCAAAAGCUUCGACCCAUCACUUACAAAUGCACAAAUUUCGACCCAGGCGGGAAUUCUCCAGGGUUGUUUUACCGGGGCACAGGUUCUGACAGCAAUCCUAUGGGGAAAGGCAGCAGAUGCGAGCUGGUGCGGAAGGAAGAUGGUUUUGAUCAUUGGACUUGCUGGUACCGCUGUCUCGUGUCUCGGUUUGGGAUUCGCGAAUACCUUCUUCUGGGCCGCUUUCUGGCGUGCAGUGGGUGGAGGAAUUAAUGGUACGGUUGGAAUAAUACGGACAAUGAUUGCUGAAAUAACCAAGGAGAAGAAGUAUCAAUCGAGAGCGUUCUUAAUUCUGCCCAUGAGCUUCAAUGUGGCUGGAAUAGUUGGUCCAAUUAUGGGUGGCCUCCUCGCGGACCCUGCAGCAAUUAUGCCUGAUAUCUUCGGUCCAGAGGGAUGCUUAGGAUUCAGCUUUCUUGAGGACUAUCCAUAUGCUUUACCAUCCUUUCUCAAUGCGUUCUUUUUGACCAUAACCACGUACAUCGUUUUCUUCUUUCUCGAAGAGACUUUGAAGGAGCGUCGAGGAAGAUUUGAUCUCGGACUACAUCUGAAAGCUCGCUUCUUUCGAUUGCUUCGGGGAAGGUCGAAUCCCGAGGGGUACUCGCAAGUGCAAAUGUGGGAUGAUCCAGAAGUGCCUUUAACAAACUUUGACGAUAAACCUGCCCAGAAGAAGCAGGUGACACGUCGGUUGCCGUUCAGCCGUAUUUGGACACGCAAUGUCAUCUUCACUUUGAUAACUGGGGCAUUUUAUGAUUUCCAUCUAGGUGCCUUCACCAACUUAUGGACGCUGUUCCUUUCAACGCCCCGCUUCCUUGCCGCCGAAUCAACAUUCAAACGAGUUCUUCCCUUCAUCUUCACUGGCGGCCUCGGUAUGCCAGCAGCAACUGUGGGGAUUGCAACCUCAAUUCUCGGCAUGUUGGGUAUGCUCCUUCAAGUGUUCUUGUACCCACCUGUGCAAGCUCGCCUCGGAACGUUGAGAUCCUUCCGGUACUUCUCAAUACUCUUUCCUCUGGCUUACUUCGUUGCGCCAUACCUUGCCGUUCUACCGUCAUCAACUGUAGCACCAGCUGCUGCAUCAGGUGCAUUCAUUUGGAUUGGGAUCAUUCUGGUCUUGCUAUUGCAGGUCACGGCUAGGACAUUCACCUUGCCAGCAACUAUCAUCCUACUCAACAAUUGCUCCCCUCAUCCCAGUGUUCUUGGAACUAUCCACGGUCUUGGGCAGAGUGUAUCAGCAGGAUUUAGAACUGUGGGGCCUGUGGUAGGAGGAUGGGAGUAUGGCAAGGGUCUGGACAUUGGUGUGGUAGGAGCCGCGUGGUGGGGAACAGCAAUCAUGUCGGCUGCGUGUUGUGUUACCGCGCUUGGAAUGCAUGAAGGCAGUGGGCAUGAAGUUUUCUUGGAAGGCGAACAAGAUGAAAGUGGUAGAAAAUCGGACUCCACAAUGAUUGUUGCUGGGUGGAUGGUAGCUUGAGGUUGAAAGUCUCGGUCCUGGAAGUUCAAGACCCGCCCGGACAACGAGGUUGAGAUUCACCAACCCGUCCUGCAUAAUGUCAAUAGUAACAUUAAGCACCGAUGCAGCAUUGCGACUCAGCCACACUCCUAGAUGACAGUAUGCUUCUGUAACGGAGAUGAAGCAACCGUGGUAGGGCCUGAGAAGGUACUGAUUUCUUGUGGUAAAGCUUUAUACCUCCCGGAGUGGUGACAAGAAGCGAUAGAUCGCAUCAAAACAUACUUCCCGUGGGAUUGUUGCAUUCAAACACGUCGUUGGUAGUACUGAAG